UCGGCCAAGUCCUGGGGCACUGGCCGCGCCGUCUCCCCUAUCUCCGCGGCGGCCUCACCUUCGCCCCCGCCAAGACCGAGUCGCGCGCGGAGGUAAUCUGCGAGCGAGUCACACGCAUAGAAAACCUCCACUUAUAUGACUUAGGGGCAAUAAAACUUGAUAUGUAAAGGGCAAUAAAAGAAAUAUUAUGUUUUUCCAUCGUUCCAAGACGCUUAUUUUCCUGCAGUCGCCUGUGGGUAUCAACAUAAGAUUCCGGGAUGAUGCUGCAUGCCCCGUCCAGGAGGCGAACCGUGGUGGAACACGCGGACGGCGGCGUCGAUGUAGUCCUCGCGACCUCCAUCGGGAACGGGGAGGAUUUGGGCCCUGCGGUUCGCCAUUCCUUCGAGUCCGGCAAGCCCGAGGCCCUCCUGCACCAGCUCAGGAACAUCGUGAGGAAGAAGGAGGUGGAGAUCGAAGAGCUGUGCAAGCUUCACUACGAGGACUUCAUCGUCGCCGUCGACGAGCUGCGUGGCGUGCUGGUCGACGCCGACGAGCUGAAGAGCAUGCUGUCGAGCGAGAAUCUCAGGCUGCAGGAGGUGGCCAGCGCGCUUCUGCUGCGGCUGGAGGAGCUCCUCGAGCUGUACCUCAUCAAGAAGAACGUCACCGAGGCCUUACAGACAUUGAAGGUCUGCGUCCAGGUCUCCAAGCUCUGCCUCACCUGCAACAUGCACGUCUCCAACAGCCGCUUCUACCCUGCACUCAAGACCUUGGACAUGAUCGAGCGCAACUACAUCCAGAACACCCCUCUCAAGCCCCUGAGGAAGGUGAUCGAGAAGCAGAUACCUGCGCUCAAGCUGCACAUCGAGAAGAAGGUCUGCAGCGAGUUCAACGACUGGCUCGUCCACAUCAGGAGCGCGGCCAAGGAGAUCGGGCAGCUGGCCAUCGGCCAGGCUUCCUCCGCCCGGCAAAGAGAAGAGGAGAAGCGGGCGCGCCGCAGGGAAGCAGAAGAGCAGAGCCGGACCGGCGUCGGCGACGUCGCGUGCGCGUUGGACAUCGAGCACAUCGACGAGGAUUCGAUGCUGGAGUUCGACCUCACGCCGGUCUACCGAGCUCAUCACAUUCACACCUGCCUUGGGAUCGAGGAGAAGUUCCGCGACUACUACUACAAGAACAGGCUGAUGCAGCUCAAUCUGGACCUGCAGAUCUCGUCGGCGCAGCCGUUUCUUGAAUCCCACCAGCCCUUCUUCGCGCAGAUCGCCGGCUUCUUCAUCGUGGAGGAUCGAGUUCGGCGGACAGCAGGGGGACUGCUAUCGGACAGUCAGGUGGAGGCGAUCUGGGAGACGGCCAUCGCGAAGAUGACAUCCGUUCUGGAGGAUCAAUUCUCCCGCACCGAUACAGCGAGCCACCUUCUUCUUAUCAAAGACCUCGUCACUCUUCUCGGGGCCACUCUCACCGGCCAUGGCUACCGGGUAGCGCCCUUGCUCGAGGUGCUCGACAGCAGCAGAGACAAGUACCACGAGCUCCUCCUCAGCGAGUGCUGGAAGCAGAUCAGCGACAUCCUGGCCAGUGAUUCCUUCGAACAGAUGGUGAUCAAGAAGGAGUACGAGUACAACAUGAACGUGUUGUCGUUCCAACUUCAAUCCUCCGACAUAAUGCCUGCAUUCCCAUACAUCGCACCCUUCUCCUCCUCUGUUCCAGAUGUGUGCCGCAUCGUGCGCUCCUUCAUCGAGGACUCCGUCAACUACUUGUCGUACGGAGGUCACAUCAACUUUUACGAAGUGGUCAAGAAGUACCUCGACAAGCUCGUGAUCGGUGUGCUGAACGAAGCUUUGCUCAACAUGAUCCAUACUGGUAAUCUCGGCGUGUCGCAGGCGAUGCAGAUUGCGGCGAACAUAGCAGUCCUCGAGGGCAGUUGCGAUCUCUUCUUGUGGCAGGCUGCCCAACUCUGCUCGGUGCCUCUGCGCUUGGUGGAAAGGCCUCAUGCCGGAUUGACUGCCAAGGCUGUCCUCAAGGCGUCGCAGAAUGCAGCUUACAAUGCGUUGGUGAACGUGAUCGAUUCCAAGUUGGAUGAGUACUUGGCGCUCAUGAACGGCAUCAAUUGGACGGCAGAUGAAGCUCCAGAGAACGCGAACGACUACAUCCACGAAGUCGUUGUCUACCUCGACUUCCUCAUCUCCACCGCUCAGCAAAUUCUGCCCGCAGAAGCUCUCUACAAGAUCGGUGUCGGUGCUCUGAAUCAUAUCUCGGAUUCGAUCGUGGCAGCCUUUCUUAGUGAGAGUCUGAAGAGGUUCACCCUCAAUGCUGUCAUCGGCAUCGGCAAUGAUCUGAAGACAUUGGAAGCGUUUGCGGCUGAAAGGUUCCAGAGCACGGGGUUGAGCGAGUUGAAGAAAGACCGAAGCUUCAGAGAUUGUUUGGUGGAAGCGAGGCAGCUGUUGAAUCUGCUGGUGAGCAAUCAGCCUGAGAACUUCAUGAAUCCGGUGAUAAGAGAGAAGAAUUAUGGUGCUUUGGACUACAAAAAGGUUGCGAGCAUCUGCGAAAAGUUCAAGGACGCACCAGAUCGGUUGUUUGGGAGCCUGUCGAGCCGAAACACGAAGCAGGAUGCUCGGAAGAAGUCGAUGGAUAUGCUGAAGAGAAGGCUGAAAGAUUUCAGCUGAUGCCAAGGAUUGACCUCCAGACAUGUUAGCUUGUUAUGGAUUCCUGUAAGCUCUUCUUUUCUUAAUCUAAAUUAAGUAGCCAUAAGAAUCUAGCAUGCAACUCAUAGUUUUAAGCUUCCAAUAAUCAUCAAUUGCUAUUAGAAAAAUCAAGACCCAACUUCUCAUGUGAAUUCAUUUAGGCCAUGACAAGUGAUUCAGUUGCGUGCGAGACACAUUUUGCCGGCAAUCAACUAAAAAAUUUAGAUAUGGAUACUCUUCUCUUCAUCUUUCCUUUCCACAUUGAAAUGGAUGCAGGCAUUAAAAUAGCUGCAUCUGCAACUUCUACCUACAAUAAUUACUUGCAAGCAUUUUCAAGUAUAAACAACCACUCUUUUAGAUGCAUUUACUUGUUGCCUGCUUUCUAUAUUCAUAUUGCAAACUGCAAAUACAUUUCCAGCCUGCUCCUAGCAAAUCUACAGUCUAAGCAAAAAUAUGAAUAAGUCAGGUGCU